AUGGGCCGCAUGCUGCUCGACCAGAUCAAGGUCGUGAUUGGCACCACGAACCCGGCCAAGAGGGCAGCGGUGGCCACAGUGCUGGACAAGCUGUUCCCCAGCGGCAGCCAACUCCUGGCCGUCUCCGUGCCCUCCGGAGUCUCCGCCCAGCCCUUCGACGUCCACGAGACCAGACGCCACGACCAGCAUCGUCUAGCCGGCGUGGGUCUCGAAGGAGGGUUGGAGCUCAUCGGCGAGCGGUACUUCGAGUGCGGCUGGAUCUGCGUGGCGGACCGGGAGGGCAGGCUGGGCUGGGGCAGCAGCGCGCGGUUCGAGCUCUCGGCCAAGCUCGUGGCGAUGCUCAAGGAGGGCAAGGAGCUGGCCGACGUCAUCGACGAGGUCAGCGGCAAGUCCGACGUGCGAAGCAAUGAAGGCGCCAUGGGCAUUGUCACCAACCUCUCGAGAGCCGAGGCCUACUCGCACGGGGUCUGGUUUGCGUUCGCUCCCUUCAUCUCACCGCUCAAGUACUGGGAAUAA